ACAGAUAUCCCCCAAAUGUCAGGACGGUACAGAUAUCCCCCAAAUGUCAGAUGGUACAGAUAUCCCCCAAAUGUCAGAACGGUACAGAUAUCCCCCAAAUGUCAGGACGGUACAGAUAUCCCCCAAAUGUCAGAACGGUACAGAUAUCCCCCAAAUGUCAGAACGGUACAGAUAUCCCCCAAAUGUCAGAACGGUACAGAUAUCCCCCAAAUGUCAGAACGGUACAGAUAUCCCCCAAAUGUCAGGACAGUACAGAUAUCCCCCAAAUGUCAGGACAGUACAGAUAUCCCCCAAAUGUCAGGACAGUACAGAUAUCCCCCCAAAUGUCAGGACAGUACAGAUAUCCCCCAAAUGUCAGGACGGUACAGAUAUCCCCCAAAUGUCAGGACGGUACAGAUAUCCCCCAAAUGUCAGGACGGUACAGAUAUCCCCCAAAUGUCAGGACGGUACAGAUAUCCCCCAAAUGUCAGGACGGUACAGAUAUCCCCCAAAUGUCAGUACGGUACAGAUAUCCCCCAAAUGUCAGGACGGUACAGAUAUCCCCCAAAUGUCAGGACGGUACAGAUAUCCCCCAAAUGUCAGGACAGA